AUGGUAGUACAUCGGAUCAUACUCGACACAGACUUGGCCAUGGGCGAUGGUGCCAACAUCGAUGAUGGUUUCGCCCUUGCUUUGGCCCAUGCGGACCCAAAUAUAAGCCUAGAUAUGAUCACAACUGUCAACGGGAAUACCGACGUUGAAAGCGCCACCAUUCUCACCAGCCUUGUCGCAAAGCAGCUUGGAAUCCAAGAGACCCCAAUCGUUCGCGGCGCCGCCACUGCUCUGUUACGACCAAAUCAGAAACGCACUCCCGCUCCUCAUGUGCUCAACCUGAAGGAUUCAUCUCAGUCACUUUGUUCUUCUCCUGCCUAUGCUCCCAUGGCAAUUAUCCAACACAUCUUGGCGAACCCGGGUCAAAUCACAGUGGUGGCCAUCGGACCUCUGACGAAUAUCGCCUUGGCGUUGAUCCUUGAACCACGGAUAGUCACAGAAAUUAAAGAGCUCGUCAUCAUGGGAGGGAGCUUCUUUGGUUCUACAGGUUCGCGGGAGAAACCUGGAGAAACGAAUGUCUUUACCGACCCUGAAGCGGCCCAAGCCGUCCUGCGUUCUGGCAUUCCUCAACGAUGGGUUGGUUUAGACUGCACCUUACGAGUCCGCUUGAGCAAGCAACAGGCAGCAGAUCUCGCAGCAUCGCCUUCGGAAUUCGUAGCGUUUGCUGGGAAGACUGCAGGUGCUUAUAUCGAUGGCCAGGCUGCUCGCUAUCCAGGUCGGCCCACGCCUGACUCAUGCCCUAUUCAUGAUGCUUUAGCUGUGGCUAUUGUUUCUAGGCCUGAUAUUUGCAAAUACAGAGAUGUUUUUGCUUCAGUUAUUACUGGUGAGGGUGAGGCGAGGGGGGUGAUGAUUACGGAUCUCUUGGAAGGGCCAAUGCCGCCGGAGCCGAACUGUCGUGUUGCUGCGGACAUUAAUACGGGCGAGUUUGAAAAUCACUUUUUCGGUCUGUUGCGGACGGUGUAG